AUGCUGACCCUUACUGCCGGCCGUCUCUGCUCGGGUGCUGUUACCGAGCAGGCCAAAUCUUUGGAGCAACGGCACGCUGAUGAACUUAAAGCUGCUGCAGAGAAAUAUGCCAAAAAACUUGCAGUGAGGGACCAGUUCAAGGAGUCCAACCGUGUCAAUUACCGCGCAGCCAAAUUGCUUGAGGAGGACCUGGCUACGAGCAGACAGGACAAUAAAACCUUGGAGGGCCGGAUUGAGGAGCUUGAAAAAGCCAAUGCCAGUAACUUGGAAAGGUAUAAGAAUGCCACUCUCCGAUGCUUCUACGAUUUCUUGAAGCAAAACCAAGGAGCAACCUUCGAAUACCUUCCUGAGAAUGCAAGAGACGCUGAGCUUGCUCGCUGUGCUGCUCGACUGGCAGAGGAAGAAAGGGCGAGGAUUCCUACUUCCCCUGAGAUCUCGCUGGCCACUGGGAUAGACGGGGCCGAAAAUGAGGCUGCUGAUGUUGUCUAUCAGGGCCCUCCUCAAGAUCCUCUGGCUCCUUGA